CAAGACAAGAAAAGUAUCACAGAUAAAGGAGAUGAGCUAUUUAAGAUGGGCAACAAGAUGUUCCAGGAGUCUAAAAGCCAAAAACAGAAAAUGGAAGCCUACAUACUCUUUGCCAGAGCAGCUGACAUGGGAAAUUUGAAAGCUAUGGAAAAAAUGGCUGAUGCUUUGCUAUUUGGAAAUUUCGGCAUGCAAAAUAUAACAGCAGCUAUCCAGCUAUAUGAGUUCUUGGCUAAAGAAGGAUCAUACAAAGCUCAAAAUGCAUUAGGAUUUUUAUCUUCUUAUGGAAUAGGAAUGGAAUAUGAUCAAGCCAAGGCACUGAUAUAUUAUACCUUUGGAAGUGCUGGAGGAAGCAUGAUGUCCCAGAUGAUUCUGGGGUACAGAUAUUUGUCAGGAAUCAAUGUUCUACAAAAUUGUGAAGUUGCCCUAAAUCAUUACAAGAAAGUGGCAGAUUAUAUCGCUGACAAAUUGGAAAAAAGUGAAGGUAUUCCAGUGGAAAAAGUGAGACUAACCGAGAGACCUGAAAAUCUGAGCUCCAACAGUGAGAUUUUGGAUUGGGACAUAUACCAGUACUAUAAGUUCUUGGCAGAAAGAGGAGAUGUUCAGAUACAAGUAUCUCUUGGACAGUUACAUCUGAUUGGGAGGAAAGGCCUAGACCAGGAUUACUAUAAGGCUCUAUACUACUUUUUAAAGGCGGCAAAGGCUGGGAGUGCAAAUGCCAUGGCAUUUAUAGGAAAGAUGUACUUAGAGGGGAAUACUGCUGCACCACAAAAUAAUGCCACUGCCUUCAAGUACUUCUCCAUGGCGGCCAGCAAGGGCAAUGCAAUUGGUCUUCAUGGACUUGGGCUCCUUUACUUUCAUGGAAAAGGUGUUCCUAGGAAUUAUGGUGAAGCACUUAAAUACUUCCAGAAAGCUGCAGAGAAGGGAUGGCCUAAUGCACAGUUCCAGCUAGGCUUCAUGUACUACUCUGGCUCUGGAGUAUGGAAGGAUUAUAAACUUGCCUUCAAGUAUUUUUACUUGGCAUCUCAGAGCGGGCAACCUCUCGCCAUUUAUUACCUAGCCGAGAUGUACGCAACUGGAACAGGGGUGCUGAGAUCAUGCAGAACUGCCGUGGAGCUUUAUAAAGGUGUCUGUGAACUAGGCCACUGGGCCGAGAAAUUCCUGACUGCCUACUUUGCCUAUAAAGACGGGGACAUAGACUCUUCCCUUAUUCAGUAUGCACUGCUUGCAGAAAUGGGAUAUGAAGUAGCUCAAAGCAACUCGGCGUUCAUUUUGGAAUCUAAAAAGGCUAAUAUUCUGGGGAAAGAGAAGAUGUAUCCAAUGGCACUUCUGCUAUGGAACCGAGCCGCCAUUCAAGGGAAUGCUUUUGCUAGAGUAAAAAUUGGAGAUUACCAUUACUAUGGUUAUGGGACUAAGAAAGACUAUGAAACAGCAGCCACACAUUACAGCAUUGCAGCAGACAAGCAUCACAGUGCACAAGCCAUGUUCAAUCUGGCCUACAUGUAUGAACAUGGCCUGGGUAUCGCAAAGGACAUUCAUCUGGCCAGGAGAUUGUACGACAUGGCUGCUCAGACAAGCCCAGAUGCUCACAUACCUGUGUUCUUUGCCCUUAUGAAAUUGGAAACCAUGCAUUUUCUCCGAGAUGUCCUGUUUUUUAAUUUUACCAUGAGAUGGAAAUGGCUGAAACUGGACAGCACCAUUGGACCAUACUGGGAUUUAUUUGUGAUUGCCAUAAUUGUUGCCAUGCUGAUCUUCUUGCUAAGAAAUCGCCAUAGGUAG